AUGGCUUCCAACAAAGCCGCGAGGAUGGGCGAGGAGGUCUGGAAAAGUCGUGUAGACAAAGUCAAUGCCGAGCUAGUCACUCUCACCUAUGGAACCAUUGUCGCACAACUUUGCAAAGAUUACGAAAAUGAUUAUGUAGAAGUCAACAAACAACUCGAUAAGAUGGGUUAUAAUAUUGGGCUACGUUUAAUCGAAGAUUAUCUCGCCAAGUCAAAUACCAUGAGACGUUGCUCGAACUUCAGAGAGACUGCGGAGAUGAUUUCCAAGGUUGGGUUUAAGAUAUUCUUGAACAUCACCCCAGCGGUAUCGAACUGGACGAGCGAUAACAAACAAUUUUCCCUAAUAUUCGAAGAAAAUCCCUUGGCCGACUUUGUAGAAUUGCCAGACGAUGGAAGAGCACAAGAUGAGUUAUGGUAUUCGAAUAUUCUCUGUGGGAUUUUGAGGGGUGCACUGGAGAUGGUACAAAUGCAAGUUGAGGCUCACUUCAUCAGUGAUAUUCUUAGGGGUCAUGAUUCAACUGAGAUGAGAAUUACUUUGGUCAGGUAUAUUGAUGACGAGAUGCCAAUGGAUGAUGAUUAG